AUGGACGCCCCGCCCGACAACGUCAGCCGGCCCUCGACGGACUACUUCCUGGCCGGCGACGGCCUCCCGGACUACGGGGUCCCGUUGGACGAGAUCCCGGACACCACUCGCGGCCGCGCCUUCUUCGCCGCCACCGUGGUCAUCGCCGCCAUCCUGGUGGCCAUCGUGCUGGUGUGCGGCGUGGGCAACUGCCUGUUCAUCGCCAGCCUCGCCCGCGACAAGCAGCUGCGCAACCUCACCAACCUGCUGGUGGCCAACCUGGCGGUGUCGGACGCGCUGGUGGCGGCCGUGUGCUGCCCCUUCCUGCUGGACUACUACGUGGUCAAGCAGCUGUCGUGGGACCACGGCCUGCUGCUGUGCGCCGCCACCAACUACCUGCGCACCGUCUCGCUCCACGUGUCCACCAACGCGCUGCUCGCCAUCGCCGUGGACCGGUACAUGGCCAUCCUCCACCCGCUGCGGCCGCGCAUGAAGACCCAGACGGCGUACUGCGUCAUCCUGACCGUCUGGAUGGUGCCGGUCUUCGUCUCCGCCCCCUCCGCCUACAUGGCGUCCGAGAUGACGUACCCGCACGCCGCCGGGGGCCGCGCCCACAAGACCUUCUGCGCUCAGAUCUGGCCCGUGGACCAGCGGGUGUUCUACCGGACCUACUUCCUGCUGGUCUUCGCCCUGGAGUUCGUGGGCCCCGUGAGCGUCAUGGCCGCCUGCUACGCCCGGAUCUCCCGGGAGCUGUGGUUCAAGGACCUGCCGGGCUUCAAGACGGACCAGAUCCGGAAGAGGCUGCGGCGGCGGCGCCGGACGGUGGUGGUGCUGAUUCUGGUGCUGGCGGCGUACGUCCUGUGCUGGGCGCCGUACUACGGCUUCGCCCUGCUGCGGGACUUCUACCCCACGCUCAUAUCCGGGGACAGGAACUCCCUGGUGGUCUUCUACGUCAUCGAGUGCGUCGCCAUGAGCAACGGGGUCAUCAACACGCUGUGCUUCAUGAGCGUGCGGCGCAACAACAACAAUAAGCGCCCGAAGGAGGCGGGAAAGUUCCGGCUGAAGAUGGCGACCUUCGCGGCCGCCAAGUCGCUGGAGGGAGGCGAGGCGAGGACCUGCUCGCUCCGGGUGACGGAGGACGCGGAGGGCGCUCGGCUGAAGUAGAGGAUCGGAUGUCUGAGCGCCCGAACACACGGGGGUCAAAGGGACAACAAGCGGUAACCCUGGUUACCCGACCAGAAAGGGGCGGAGCCUCCAACGGGAGUGCUGCAGGAAUGAGUUACAAAAAAAAGUCAUUCCUGCAUCACACGUAGAAGAAGACUACAACAGGGCCAUGUUUGUAGUUCUGUUUUCUGAGAGGCCUGGUGCAUUUUGUGGGAAUAAUGGAUUUUUCGGCAAAGACGUUCUCACGCUGGUCCGACAGUGAUCAUGAAAGUACCAUGAAAACAUAGCAAACAGAUUAAAAAACAAAUAAAUAUAUAUAUUUGUAAAAAUCCGUUUACCAUCUUUUUUGAUAUAUAUAUAUAUAUAUAUUGAUGAAGUCGUUGAUAUGAUCGCAUCCAUCCAACACCUUCUCAGUUUGACUCCUACUGUAUCUGGCGUCAUGAAUGGAUCCUUCAUAUUUUCUUAAAUGUGACACAACAGCGUCUCGAGAUUAAAAAGAAAAAUUCCAUUUCUGCUUAUUAUCUUAUUUAAGUAAAUAUAUUAUCAGUACAUGUAUGUAUGUUGGAUGUUUCUGUAACAUUAAUGUGUAUUGUAUUGCUACUUUAACUCUUUUAUAUCCUGUUGUCGUUUAAUCUACAUCAAUGCAUCAUAUUCUAUAAGAUCGUCAUGUUUUCUAAAAAAAAACCUGUUUUCAUCUUUGUGACGAAGUGUUUUCCAGCUGCUCCGAGAGGAGUUUAUUUAUCUGAAGAAGUGGGAGGAGCUUAUCAAAACAUGAAGGAAACACUUCCCCAUGAGAGAGGGACCUGGUGACCAGGGGUCGCCUCAGUCUGUUCAUCCCUGCCCAUGGAUGCAAAGCGUCAGCUGGAAGACGCCCGACGCACCAACGAGCUGCCGGGCGGCUGACCUCAGGUCAGCUCUGUGACCGAGCUGAAAGGAGCUGCAGGUCCAGUGUUGUACUUAAAGGAUUUUCAGCUUUUAAUGGUGCUUUUUGUGUUCAAUUCAAUUUGUUCAAUGUUAUUCUUUUGGAAAUAAAUGUACAUAUAUA